AUGUCAAAAGAGCAAAAUAAAUUCAAACAUAUACUUCUUGUACCUAACAUUGUCUCUGAUCAAACAUUCUUAUAAAGACAUAAAACUUUUCAAACUUAUGUAAAAAAAGCUCAUUCAGAUCUAUAUUAUUUGUAACUGAAGAAAAUGGGAGGUUUGAGAAAAUCAAUUGCUGAAAAAGCUGAUUAUGGAUAAGUCUUAUAAUAAAUCAAAAGCAACAGGCUUUAAAAUGAAUAUUUAAAUCAAUAGAAAAAGAAUCAAGGGUUUAUGUACAAUAAUUAACUAUGGUCAGAUAAAUAUUAUAAUCAAAUCUAUCAAAUGACUAGAUUGUCUUAAUUGUCUGAGGUUCUUAGUAAAUAAAAAACAAAAGCUAAAGAUCAAUUAAUCAAAGAUUUUGAAAUAUAUUUUAAUAAGCAUGUUCAUCCUACCAAUGAUGAAUUUACUGAAAUCUAAAAGGUUCUUCCUCUUUCAACUUGUACCACUAAGUGUAGUUCAAGAAUUCCUUCCUAAAGACUUUUAUUAGCAACAGAAAGGCAAUUAAAAUCUAAAUAAGAAACUUAAGAGGAUGAUAUCUAUAGAGUUAAAUCUUUAUAAACCUCAUUUCAUAGAUUAGUUAAUGAUAAAAUUGUAAAUCUUUUAGAUGAAGCUACAAAUUUACAUAUGUAAAAUUUAGAAACAAUGAAGUAAUUUUUUAAAGAUUUCUAAAUAGAAAAACGAAGCUUUUUUAAACUGAAGAGACCUCUUCAAGAAAAAUCAUCUAUUCUCAGAUCUAAAAAAGAAAUGAACGUGCUAAUAUUCAAAUUUCUAUGAGAAAUAGAUAAAUACAUUUUAAAAAUAAAUUUGUAUAAGAAAGAUUUUAGAAGGAAAUAGAAAAAUUAUCUGCUUAGAACCUUUGA